AUGCAGCUGAUUCACCUGGUUCCCGUGGUCCUUGGCAUCGUCAAAGCCUCGAUUUCUGGUUAUUAUUUUAAGUUUUAUGGGUAGUGAAAAUGGAGAUCUAUAGUCGAUUCACGGCUAACUUGGGAGGCUGAGGGGGCGUGACCUGUCCGGCCUCUCCACCAACCAGGCACUAUCUUUUUUAUUAUCGUGUCAGGACCUUUUUUCGAUGGCUUAAGCCAGCCGUGAAUCAGCUGUAGUAGGGUUUUUUGAUUUUAUCCUAACGUUUUGCUCCAAAUCACAAAAAAUAUGAAUUUAUAAUCUUUUUUCACAACAAUUUUUCUGUUUUCCCUAGCCUUUAUAGCUAUCAGUUUCGGAAAAAGAGCAUAAAAUUGGCCUCCAAAGAUUGUCAUGGUGAUUGAUGACUUUUUGAAAUUCUUAUCAAAAAUUGAUUGUUUUGCAUCAUUCCACUUUUUUUGUCGGUGCAUUGAUGGUUUUUCGAGAAAAAAAUAAUCGUUUUUUUCACUAUCUCAAUUUGAAUAAAUUAAAAAAAUCAAAUCAGUGCAAAAAAAUUCGUGAUCAAUUUUUUUCAUUAUUCAGUCAGAACUCCCUGCUUUCAAAACGGUGGAAUUUAUUUAUAUAAAAAACAGGAAAAAAUACUAACGGCAACUUAAAAAAACUGGUAUAGUCGAUGUGCCACAAGUUGAAAUUUCAUGGAACGACACUCCGCCGUUUCGAUUUGUGCGGUAGCGCGCAUCUUGCGAAUUUGCCAACCUCGGCCACGCUAAUUUUUUUUUGAUUUAAUUCUAAUUUUAUAAUUGAAUAUAUUGAACAAAACCAAAGACCAUCUCAUGAAAAACUUUCAAAUAUUAUAAACGCAUUUUCUCUUAAAAUUCGAAAAUUACGCUAUUUUAUUUUUAUCAAUGAAACAGUCUAUCCACUAGAAAAGAUAAUUAUGAGUUUGGCACGAAGAAAACUAAUAAAACAUAAUUGAAAUAAUGGAAACUUCAAAUAAAAGAAAAAAAUGGAAAGCGCGACCGAAACUCGCAAAGGCAAGGCGCUUUCACGGCCACGGCCACCCAACGGAGUGUCGUUCCAUGAAAUUUCAAGUCGUGGCACAUCGACUAUAAUAAAGCUAAACUUCCAGAUCCAAAUGGAUCUUCCACUGUCCCUCAAACCGCUCCUUCAAUUGCCAACACUACGACGUUCAAAAUGACGACCAAAACCAGCCCGACUACUAAAAUCACCGUAGCUCCUCCGAUAAAUGACAGUUAUCCGUGUGGGACCAAUUAUACCACGGCUUGGGUCGAUGUGAUGGUUCUAUUCGAUAGAAGCUCGGCGGCCACUCAGCAAGGAUUGGAUGAGGUUAGCAAAAGCGAUUUCCCAGUCUCCAUGAGUAGAGUCAUUUCAUACAGUUUACGCCAAAAAAAAGUUAGAAAACUCAAGAAAAAAUUAUUCCCAAAAAUAGGCGACAAAAGUUGAACCGAACGAAUAAAUAAUUAAAUUCAGGGUCCUACUAAAACACUAUGUGAUUUUGAAGUAAUAAGAGUGUCUUUUCUCGAAACCUACAGUUUUGUAAAAUUAACGUGUAGUUCAAGAUUUUACCCUUGAGAAAAAAUAAAAGAAAUUCAAAAAGGGUCAAGAAUCAAAAAAUAAUGUGCCUAAAGUGGUCCACAUGAAAUUCCUUUAUCAACAUCUGUGUGCCGCUAUCAGUGAUGAAAAAAAAGGAGCGCCAUGAAGCAGGAAAUUAUUUUCAUUUGAAAAAAGAGCUCGGAGCGUAUGUUUCAAAUAGACCCGGAACACUUUUUUAGUUAGUUAAAAACGGACAAAGAAAAAAACUAUAGUCCGUUUGCCGGGACAGUUUUUGCGGGUCUACGUCUCUCUGUUCUCUCACCGGCGAGGUUAGAGAAACGCGAAAACAGCGCGUCAACAAGAGAGGGUCGUCGAGAGACGAGGAGGGCGCAGAGAAGUCCCACCCUUUCGAGUCGCGAAAAACGGACUAUACGAUAAUUUUAAGAUGAUGUACAGCUGGAUAAGCGAUAUGGAAUGGUUCACGUUGGGCAAAAAUGGGACGACCGACCCGAAAAUGCACACUCGCGUCGGAAUCAUCCUCUACGAUUCGGAACCGCUUCUCUAUGCCCCACUGGGAUCUUUGGACAACGACGAUCUCUACAAUAUCGACUUUAUGGAUUACUAUCGCGGCAUCACUUACACUAAUAUUGAAGCGUUAGUUUACCGAGUGAUCAUCUUUUUGUCAGUUUAGAUAUCCUACAGGUCAAUCGGGACAACGAUACGAGUAGGUGCCGGGUAGCAACUCGCAGGCUGAACAGGGUAACCCAGCCGUGCUAACACGGGGUCUCAGCGGGUGCCCUCGUAUUAAACCCGUAUAAGCCCAGCUGAUAGAACUUUUGGCAAUUUAUAGCCCAACUGAGACCCCGCUUUAGCAUAGCUAAGUCACAUAUUUUUCUUACACCCGUUGUUCCCCCGUUUUAGUCAAACUGAGACUGAAUUAAACUCAGAAACGCGGUUUAAUACGGGUACACCCGUUGAGACACCUGCUCAGAAUGCGAGAACUUGGAGGUCAAUCAGUGUAUGCUAAUCGGUGGCCAUUUAUAUGCAACCGGGUAAUAUCUCUAUGGUACCUGGAAAGUACCAGGGAGGUAUCUGCAUGCUACCGGAAGUGUACCUGAAAUUUGCAAUUGCUCUCGGCUGGCUAACCGGUGGUUCAUUGAGCCAAAUCUUCCAAGAUUUCAUUGGCUAACACUGGAAAACCGCUAACAGGCUUCCCGGUAGCAAUCGCAAAUGUCAGGUACCUAUCAGGUAUAAUGUCAGGUACGGUAGAGAUGGUACCCGGUCGCUAAUAAACGACUACCGAUUAGGAAACCCUUUCGCAGUUGCUUCCCGGUAGCUAUUUGUAUCGACCUCCCGAGUCAACUUUGCCUUACACGGGUGUUUAAAGAAGCAUUUACGAAAUUCAUCAAGGUCUCGAUGGGAAGAGCUUUUCCAAUGUUGAUCCGUGCAAGACCUUUAAAAACUUUCUAAAUUUUUUUAUCUGGUUUUAAACUCUUUCUGGAAGCCAGGAUCCCACCUAAAAUCGGUUCUUAAAGCCUCAUGGCUUUUAGUUGGAGUCAAGCGCCUCAAAAUAUGUUACUUUCUGUGAAAGAAGCUUCUAGGCCUUAUUGAGACUCUAGAGUAGGUCUCAGCCAAAUAUCAGUAAUUUCUGAAAACCUAUAUGCCUAUAAUAUGCAUUCAGAGCCCUAGCCAUGGCGAUAUCUCAAUUCAACACGAACAGUCAUCGAAAAAACGUCCAGAAAGUCAUCCAAAUCUACGGCUGCACUUAUAGGUAUCCCUAGAAGACCUCUUAUCAAAACUUUUGUCUAUUUUAGACCAAAUGGUGCUGACGACCCGCAAAGAACCGCCAAACAGUUCAAAACCGACGGCGGUGUUAUUAUCGUCUACGGUACUUUUUUUGAAUCGGGACUUUUUUCUUGAAAAGCAGCUGCUCCUUUAAAAUAAACUCCUCCCUCCUCCCAUUGCCUUGCCAAAAUUGGCUCAUGGAUGGUUAACUUUUGAAUCGUGUCAAGACCUUUUUCUUGAAAAGCAGCUGCUCCUUUAAACUCAACUCCUCAACUAAGAGUCGCAGUGUCCCAAAAAAAAACGGCUUUGAGCGAAAGUCAGUGUGAGUCGGGUGCACUCAUAAGAUACCUACCAAAAUUGAAACUAAUUUUUGAAAGGUAAAAAACGCAACGCAACCGCGACGCAUUGAGCCAUUCCCUGCGUUUUCAGGAUUCUCAUCUCUUGAUGAUCUCAUGGAAAAAAAAUUGCUUUUUUUUUUAUUAAAAAAAAUCUUUUUGAAAGCUUCAUCUAUGAUCCAAAGAGGAUGACCUAUGAAAAAUUCAUAAAAAUCAAAAAGUUUUAAAGAUUACAUCCAGCAACACGGAUCACCGGCCGACAAUCUGCUUAGCCUCGCCAAUCCUGGCUACAGCUCAACAUCGGAUCAAAUGGACAACGAUUUUAAUAAAAAUGCCUUGUGUCGAGGUGGGAAACAUUUUGAAAAAAGCCUGAAAAGUAAGGAAUUUUCUUAAAAUCGGAGAAAUAAGAUUCCUUGUAGUACCAGUUGAAGGUCCUGGAAGUCUCACAUUUCAUAAAAUCAUUCUAUUUUUUUGGAAAAUACCCCUUAAAGUCGAAGAAAAUCAGGAAAAUCCUUGAGAUUUACUGAAAAAUCGAUAUAUUUGAGUUGAGACUUUCAGGACCCUUUCAAGGGCAUUACAGAGUUUUCUAUAAAGAAAAAUCCAAAGCUUAUUUUUUUUUUUAGCAAACUGCAGAUGUCCUCAAUACUAUCAAUCUUUCAUCAGCGGCGCAGACGAUACUCCAAAAAGCGGUGAGGAAUUUUUUAAAAAGCCCUACUUGAAGCGUCGCGGUUGCGAUGCGGUUUUCCUCCUUUUCAAGUCAAACCGCUGCGCGACCGCAACGCGUUGAGUCAUUCCAAAUGAGACUAUUAUGAUUUCUUACAUCAUAAUAGACCAGUAUCAAAACUCGUUCUAGAAGAGAAAUAGAGAAAAAUGUCUAAAAUGGAUAUUACUAAAAUUUUAGUAAUGAAAAAGCUAUCAAAUCAUACAAAGCUCAAUGCUGAAAAAAUUUUUUGAAAAUUUGUCUGCGGUCCCUCAGUUAGGCCUAACCGUUAGGGGAACAAACGAUCCUUACAAGGACCGAAAAAGUGGUCCUUAUAAGGGUGAAAGGAAGGUGGUUCUUCUAGGGGUUAAAGGUCUGACCCCUUAGUCCCUAAAGAUCAAGGGGACCUUAUAGGGAUCUCUCAACUUCAUUCAAAAACGCUUAUUCGUUCAGUUUUUCGCAUGGAAAUGCUUCUUCCUCUAUAGGACCAGUUCCAAAUGGUUUUUACCCCACCUGAAAGUAUUGCAGGUUGCUACCUUCCCGUAGAAACGGGCACUGAUUUCCAACACGCCAACAAUCAAUGCGUAUCCGUCAACAAUGGACAUCUUGCGAUCGACGAUAGCAGCCAAAAACUUGGCUUCCUUAUAAGUCGUGAGUAAAAAUCCGUUGAAGUUCAAAGUAGGGUUCAGUUUGGAUUACAGAGGAAGGUCAAAACUGGAAGUUUUGAUUCUAUUGUCUAUUGAGCAUGCUUCUGGGAAAAUUUCAAGUGGCCUCUUAAGGGUUUUGAUGUUUUAGUAGCUUCUAUAGUAGUCGAAUAAGCACCCACUUAAGUGACUAAAAUUCAGUGACCUCUUUAGGAAUCUAGAGUGAAAUUUAAUGACCUUCUUAGGAAUCUAAAUGGUACGACUAGAUCCCUAAAAGCCGCUGUAGUGACCACUCAGAAGCAAUGUAGUGACCUCUAUAGAGUUAGUAUUAGUGGCCACUUUAGUGAGUCACCUCUUAAAGGGCCACUAGAGUUCUUUCCAGUUAUCAUGAUGCAAGAGCAAUUUUCCAAAUUUUUCUUUUGCCUUCUGGUCCAGAUGAGGCUGCAAUCCACUUUUUUUUGGUGUUCGAAAUUGUAUCGUUUUCGGUUUUUUUUUUCCAAAGGGAUUUAAAAAAGGGGAUCGGAUAAGCAAAACGAAAGACGAAAUCAAUAGAUCCUACAGUAAUUCACGUUUUCGAAACAAGGAAAUAAGCAUUUCUUCGAUUCUCAGAGUUCCCUUCGGCUCGAUCAUUCUGGUUGGGCCUUCACUAUGACGUCACACUUCGGAUUUGGCUGACCGUCAAUGGAGAGCAGGUAGAUUAGAGAAAAUUGCAGAAGCGAGGAUCGAGCGCUGGAGACUCCAGAGAAGCAGGAAACCCUUUUUUCUCUGGACUCUCUUCAAGCCGCUGUUGAUCUCUCGCGUUUUCUUCUUCCAAUUUUCUUGUCCUCAAGUUAUCAGCUGAAGAAGCAAAGUGAGAAAUUGACAGAAGCUGAAGAAACGUUUUCUGUGAUUCUAUGGUAUCUCUUCAUUCCUUCUGCUAUUCUCGUUCGUGAUCUUCAAAUUCUCAGCUUCCAAAAGUUAGAGAUAACGAAGGACAGAAGAGACUCCAGAGAAUCAGAAGCACGCUAAUUCCCUGGAGUCUCUUCAAGUCGUUGUUGAUCUCUCGCGUUUUCUUCAUCCAAUUUUCUGGUUCUCAAGAUAUCAGCUAGAUUAGCAAAAGUGAAAGAUUGACAAAAGCGGAAGAGACGCCAGAGAUAUAAAGUUUCUCGUGCUCCUCUGGUAUCUCUUCAUUCCUUCUGCUAUUCUCGCUCUUGGUGCUUGAUGCGCUCUCAACUAGCAAAAGCUAGAGAUAGCAAAAGACAGAAGAGACUCUAAAGAAUCAGAGACACUCUAACUUGCUGGCGUUUCUUCAGCGCCCUGUUGAUCUCGCCUCCUCCCGAUUUUCUCCCGCUUUCCGAUCCUAACUCCCAAUAUUCAGUGGACCAACUCUUCGUUCUCGAAAUGGGGUCCAGACCAACCGAAAGUCAGUACAAUCAACCGAUGCGCCUACAUUCCAGCCGUUUCGAAUCCAGCGAAUGCUCACUGGGCCGUCACCGAUUGCCGAAAUUCCCUUUGGUCAAUCUGUGAAUCGCCACCAUGUGAUACAGAUCACUAUUGUGAUUGAUAAUGAAGAUAAUUUUGUUGAUAACGCAAAAUAUAAAACAAUUUUGAAGCAAAUAAUCGCAAAGAAUUGAUUCAAGUAAUUGCUUCUUUGUUUUUACAUAUCUGAAGACGUACUCAGAAACUCAAGAGUGGUCCCUAUAGGGGCAACCUUAGGAGCUCUUGGAGGGUCCCUUCUAGGGACCGCUUUACCAACCCUAUAGGGGCCACUAAAACUUGCAAAAGUGGUCUCCAUAGGGGCACUAGUCAAUAAUUGUUAUGAAGAAGCAUUUCCAUGGGGAAAAGUGAACAAAUAUUUUUUGAAUAAAACUGAACGACCCCUAUAGGGUCAACUUGAGCUUCAGGGGCUAAAAGGUUCAACACUAAAACACUAUAGGGGCCACUCUGGAAUUCCUGAGUAUGUUCAUAGUUCUUUAACUUCAAAUAUGAUCAUCGUUUGAAAAACUGUGAAGCUUUAACUCCAAAUUGAAUUUUGAAUACAAACCAAGCUUUCUCCAAUUUUAAACCAGAGAUGAUUAAACAUUUUUUAGGCGUUUCCAAUAGACCUACUUUCAUCAUCGGAGCCCAUAAAAUGAGCCAUUUCAAGUUCGAAAAUAGAAAAAUCCCUCAAAACUUAUCACCAACCACGCCCUUCUCUCCAACUUGUAUCAGACAAAUUUCAAUAAAAAUUUGAUGAUCCUUGUCCAAACCCACGCCCUCUUAUCGCUACGGAGAAUUGAGCAUUUCCAAGUCGUAAUCAGUUCAUAUAAAGCGAGGCAGUUAAAAGAAGACGAUUAUUUUUUGCUUUGAUGCUUUAUCUAGUAUUUAUUGUUCUGUUUUUACAAGCAACAUGGGCCACACCCAUCGUACGCGAAACCAAAGGUCUGUUUGGAGUUUUGAACUUUUUGAAAAAAAUGGGAAAAUGAGUUUUUUUGGGUCUAUCUUUACGAUUGGGGAUUUCUUGAAAAGCACCAAAAAAGCACAACUUUCCAGUUUUAAAGAAAUAUGGGGUCAAAGCUUCAAAAUAGCCUCUUAUAACGAAUUUCAAUGGUUUUCUCUGACUUCGAGGUGUCAAAAUUAAAAUUUUUUGCAAGCCGAGAUUUUCAGGACGUUUAACUGGUAGGUCAAGGAGUCAUCAGAUCAAUUUUUAGGGAAAUCCAAAUCCCAAAGGGAGACUUCCUGAUAAGGUGGGUGGGUUGUUUUUAACCGCGCCUGACUGAGAACUACUUGCGCAUUAUGGUAUGAGAAUAAGUUGGGGCUAGCUAAAAAGCUGAUUUUUGCGGCUUUCAGUAGAGAGGCGCAAAUUGAAAAAUCAUCUGCUUUUGGAAUUUUUGUGAAGAUUUUUCUUAUUCAGUUUUUUGAAAAGUGAUUCAUGGAAAUCAAUAUUAUUUACUUGCUACUUUACUUUGCUACUUUGAUGGUUCGUCUUCGCUGAUGAUCUUCCUUCUCACUAGGGGAAUGGUCUUCCCCUAGUCAGCGCGAACCACACGUCCUCCAUGCAUCUCUCUGGCGACGGUCAUCCAAUGGCGUCCAUGACGGCUGAUGUUCUUCUUGAAGUGGUCUGCCCAUCGGGUCGCUGGUCGUCCGCGGGUGCGCCUCGUGUUUCUGGGAAUCCAAGAUGUUACUCUUGUGCUCCAACGGUCGUCUGUUCUUCUGAUGACAUGUCCUGCCCAUCGGUGUUUGCCGCGGCUGAUAUGCUUUUCGAGGUCUUUGAUUUGGGAUAACUGCCGAAGGUCUGUGCUUCUCUAGUUUUGGUUCCAUUGUUGGUAUCGGGUGGUGCCGAGAAGAGCUCUUUCCAGUGCGCGGUAUGCCGUUCUUAGGGCGGAGGAGGUCUCCUUGGUGUCUGGCCAAGCUUCGGAUCCGUAGGACAGGGCGGGGAUGACUGAUGCCUCGAAGAUGUGAGCACGUAUCUUUGGGUCCUUGAUUUGGCUCGUGACUUCCCGGAUGUUGUUGAAGGCUGCCCAGCCUGCUCUUCUGCGUCGUCCGAUUUCCGUCUUCAGGUCGUUAAGCAUGUUGACUUCUCUUCCAAGGUAGACGUAGGAGUCGACUUUUUGUAAGUUAUCGCCUUCGAGUGUCACGGGGCCAUCAUCGCAGAAGCUGACUCUUCGCAAACAACAUCAAUAAUAUUUAUAAAUAUAAUAUAUAGGAAGAACACAAUUAUUUAAAUUGUUGCCAUUUUUCAUACGAACAGCAAAUGCCACGGCACUUCAAGACGUUUAAAAGUAGCUGGAAAACUUUUUACAGCCGCAACGCAGCCGCGAGGCAUUGAGCCAUUUCAAACGCGGUCACGUUGUUUCGAAAUGAUGAAGAAGAGAAAACAUCUAAAAAUGGAAUCAAAUCGAUCUAGAGCAUAAUUUUACAGAUCCAUCAUGUAUUUCUCAACAAACUCCGCUUUUCGUUUGUGACACUACAUCCAUCGUCAUAAUUGAUGGUUCUACCUCCCUUACUGAUGCUCAAGUCGAUGAGGUACUAUUUUUCAGUCUUUAGGAGUUUUGGUAUGAUAUCCUAUCGUUCUGAGCUUAUUACUUCAAGGAAGCUAUUAAAAAAAAAUAAUAUGAUUUUCAAUGAUAUUCGAUCCUAAAUUUCCUGCACAAAAUCCUUCUUUUUUCAAAAAAAUAUCAUAUAUCCUGUUCAACUUCUUUAUCGGAUUCAAACUCAAAAACCCUCGUUCUCCAGGAAAAAAGGAGUGGCUCAUUUUACAACCGAUAAGCUUUCUGUACACAAGACGAUAGUAAAAUGCGGUAACAAAAAGAUGAAAAAUCAAAAAACCUAGGCGUUUGCGGUUAUGAAGCGUAGUUAAAGCGUAGGAUCAAGAAAAAUGUGAACUUUGAGCUUUGAACUUUGGAUAUUAUUGGCUUGAAACAUUGGAACUGCCAAAUUUUAGCUUUUCAAAACAUAGGUAAUUCACGACUAGCUUGGGACGCUCAGAGGGCGUGGCCUGUCUGCGCUCUCCACGAGCCAAGCACUAUCUCGUGAAUUAUCGUUCCAGGACCCUUUUUUGGAUGGUACAAGUCAAACUCCUUCUUGGGGAAUUUCUUUGAAAACACUAGGAAAAAAUGAAUCCCGAUUUUUUCCCGCGGGAAUCCGAAUUUCAACGGCGGGAGAAAACUUUGAACGUCCAAGGUUUUCAAAAAAAAAAUUGGAAAAAAAUUCCAGGAAUUCUCCUUUAUCAUGUCCGAGUUGGUCGGCUACAUCUCCUUCCCGAAUAACCAAAAAGUGGCCUUCAUGACCUAUGGAGCAUCUUUGGCCAACUGCAAAGCGGCCGACCUGAGCGUCAAUGCGGCCUGUCGGGAUCUCAAAACUCUAAAUGAUGACCGACUGGAAUCUUCCAGACAGGAAAUGUCUUUGACAAGGUAAGAUGAUAGGAAGGAAUUGGAGUAAAUACGGAGCAAGUUGAUAAAUAUUGAGACUUUGAAACGUAGCUAAUGUCGUGUUCAAAGUGAUUCCGUGAAAUUCAAAAUUGCAAUCAGAAAAUGAAAAAGACAACUAAAUUUUGGAGAGUCGGAGAUAGUUUUGGAUUUUGCGGAAUCAACUCUACAUAAAAAAUGCUGAAAAAUGACAAACUUGCCGCUUUUUUUUGGCUUUGAAUUUUGCCAAGUUCAAAAACGCACUAUAUUAAAAUUAAUGAACUUCAAAAGCCACAGCGUUUUUUCGACGACGCCACGCCUACCUUUUCUCCGUAAAGUGUCGUGUGUCGUGUGCAUGCACUGCGCCGCUUUCGCGCAGAAAAAAACACAAUCCAAGGCGAUCGAAAAGACAAGUUAUUAACGUUUGAUACUCAGUGCAUUUUAUCUGUAGCGCGCACUAAAUUUUUUUUGUAAAUUCAGAAAGUUUGACGCCUCGCCACCCCGUUUGGGAAGGCCGUGCAGCGGCCUGCGCCUUUAAUAUUCCCUGUUAUUUACGCUUGAAAUUUAAUCCGAUUCCAGCGUUCUUAAGAACGUCGUCACCACCUAUGAGAGCGUCUUCUCCUCCAAUUCCAACGUUCCUAUCCUCCUGUUUACCGGAUCGAAGUGAGAAAUUAUUUAUUAUUUCAAAAAAAUACCCCUUUAAGGAACACUUCGGACAUCACCGCGGCCGGGACCUACGCCAAGGCCAACAUGAAAAAAAGGCUCAAUUCAGUGUUAUCAACAUGAAUGGAGGCGAUUUUUUUCGGUAAAAAUUUCUACUUUUUAACUUCUUUAAUCGCAAUAUCGACAUCAGAUUAUCAAGCUUAAAAACAUGGUGUUUCCUUAUUUCAGAAGAAAAGAAAUAGUUGAGUCAAUAAAAAAAGAAAAAAAGAUUCAAUAAAAUAGAUUUUUCUCAUAAUGGGACUUUCCCAAAGUGAAAAAUUAGCUUUUUCAAGAACUUCCCCUACAACACGCUCUGGAACGUGGACAAACCCUUAAAGGAGUACUCUGGCAUGACAAAUUGCCUACUACAACGAUCCUGUGCGGACACAUCACCUUGUAAGCUUCCAUUUUUGCUUUAAAAAUCUUCUUUUUCUGAAUUUCUUAUUUAAUUUGUUUAAAGGAGCAUAGAGCCAUUAUAAAAAUGGUCCUGCCACGAUUAAAAAGAAAUAGUGCAUGGUUGGUGGAGAGGGCAGCCAGGCCACGCCCCCUUAAAGCAGCCCUGAAUCGGCUAUAGAAAUUCAUGAAGUUCUGGAGGCAUGUACUGGAAAAAAAGUCUAGUGACCCCUUAAGAGGCUUUUCAAGGACUACUUAAAGAGGACACUAAAGUGGCCACUAAAACCACCUCUAUAGAAACCACUAUUUUGCGUCUAAGUGGCCACUAAAGUAGUUUUCGAGGUCUAGUAGCACCCCUUACUAGUUAGACCCCUGAAAAAAAUUCUAGUCACUUAAGUGGCUACUAAUUCGACUACUUAAGAGGCCCCUAAAAAUUCAAAACCCUGUUGCCAAUAAAAGUUUUCACAGCCAGAAAAAAUUCUCUCAAAAAAUUCCAAACUACAGGCGACAUCGACAAACCUCCAACAACAGCUCACCCAUAUCAAGAUCGGUCUCCUCAGUGCAAUUGCAAUACGGAAACUGUUUGGAAUGACGUCAUGGUUCUUUUCGACAGAAGUGCCGCUACUACAGCUCAAGGACUGGAGGAGGUUGGAGGGAAAAUUGGAAAUAAUAAUAUAAUAUUUGGAAAACUUCCGCACUUUUUCACAGGCUUUUCUUGAAUGCAGAAAGGUGCGAAAAAGAGGCCAGAAACAUUUUCUAUAGUCCGUUUUUUGCGACUUGAAAGGGCAGGACUUGUCUGCGCCUUCCUCGUCUCUCGACGACCCUCUCUUGUUGACGCGCUAUUUUCGCGUUUCUUUGACCUAGUCGGUGAAUGAACAGAGAGACGCAGACCACGGCGUUUUUUUUGGCGACAGCUCCCCCCCAUAUUUUUUCCGUAAAGUGUAGUGUGUCGUGUGCAUACACUGAAGCGCUCUGGCACACGCCGCGUUCUACGUAAUUUUCGCGAACUAUAAUGUAUUCUCUUAAAUUCUAGAUCCAAGUGAACUCGUUAGGGUUCACGCUGGUCUGUCAAUAAAUUAUUAUUAUUAAAAAAACUGAAAUUCAUAUUUUUUUCACUCUCUGGUGACUAUUUUUAAACUUCGCGGAAUCACUUUCAACACGACAUGUGUUUUAAAAACAAGAAAACAGAAAAAUCGCGUUUUUUUUAAUGAGAAAUAGAUUCGUCUCGGGACCCAUUGAUGCGUCUUUAAUAUUUCCUGUUGUACGCGUUUUUGCAAUGACGUCACAUGGGAACGCCGGAGAUUUUGAUCACGCCCCCCUAAUUUUUCGUUUUGCAUUUUCUUCCACUAAAAAAAAUGCCGUGACCUUUCAAAAAACAGAAAUAAAUUUUAUGCAUAGAGAAUCAAGUUAACCUUAAUAAAAAAAAGAACUUCCCAAUUUUAGAUGCUCAUCAACUGGCAAACGGACAUGGAAUGGUUCACGGUCCGGAAAACCGGGACAACCGAUCCGAAAAUGCACACUCGCGUCGGAAUCAUCCUCUACGAUUCGGAACCGCUUCUCUACGCCCCACUGGGCUCUUUGGACAAUGACGAAAUCGACGACAUUAGUUUUACUAACGAGUAUCGGAACAUUGACUACACCAAUAUUGAAGCGUGAGUCGGAAGGCCGUUUACAGUCCGUCCGCUGCGACUUGACAUUUUUCGCGCGUCUGCGUCUCUCUGUUCCCUCACCGGCGAGGUCAGAGAAACACGAAAACAGCACGUCAAGAAGAGAGGGUUGUCGAGAGACGAGGAGGGUGUAGAGAAGUCCCGCUGGUCUAUUGAAAAAGUACGAGCCUCAGACAGUGCAUUUUACAGUAAUUUUUUUUUCCUCCUAUCUUUUCCGGGAAGCUUCCCAUCGGUACACGGGGCCUUCCUCUGUGCGUGCGCCUUUAAUUUAGCCUAAAGUUUCCGUUAUAUUAAAGGAGCAUACACAUCAGUAGGUCGCGCAAAUCGAAGGGAAGUUUCCAGGAUCGGUUCUGUAGCUCGGAGGAAAUAAAAAUCGUGUCAAGCUGGCGCAGGAUAGGCUAUAUACUCCGUUUUUCGCGAAUGCUGUUUUUUCUCUGCGCCCUCCUUUUCUCUCGGCGACCCUCUCAUGUCGACGUGCUGUUUUCAUGUUUCUCUGACCUCGCCGGUGAGGGAAAGAGAGACGCAAACAAGCGAAAAGUGUCAAGUCGCGGUGAAUGGACUAAACGCAUAACUCAAAAAGAUUUCGCGAAGUUCAAAGCUUUCUCUAACUCUCCAAAUCAAUCGUUAUCUUAUUCACUCUCUGACGAUGAAAAAUGAAAAAAAUUCCAAAUUCUUCUUUCUCGGCUUCCAGAGCAGCUACAGCUUAAUGGGAAAUAUCAUUCAACUGUCAUUUUCCUAAUCUUUGAACUCGUUUUUCAAGCUUUCAGUUUUAAAAGAUCGAUAGAAUAUUGUAAUAAUUAAGAACUGUGCUCUCUCAAGACUCAAAAAAAAGAUUCCAUCAAUUCCAGCGCCCUCCGAAUGGCAAUGGACCAAUUCGACACGAACGCUCAUCGGCCAAACGUCCGAAAAGUCAUUCAAAUUUACGGCACUGUCUAUAGGUUUUUACAGUUUUUCGAAAGCUCAUAAACUUUUUUUCCACCGAAAAAAAAAGUAUAAACCUAGCUGCGGUUCAGUUUUCUCCUUCAGAAUCCAAAAAAAAACGCCAUUUCCAGACCUGGAGGCGUUGAUGAUCCGCAGCAGAUCGCCAACACGUUCAAGGAAGACGGAGGGGUCAUCAUAGUUUACGGUAAAAUUGAACCAAAAAAGUGAAAAGUAAGGAAAAUAGGGGCUCAAUUUCCUUCACCGAACAAUUACUAUGAUUAAUCAGACACUAGGGACGCAACUCGGUUGUACACAGGGUUUUUGAGUCUUCUAAGGAUCACUUAAGUGUUCUGCCGCCUCUGAAGCAAUCACUGGAUGUGUCUCAGUCAUGGAGUGGUUACUUUAGCGUUGUCAACGCACUCAAGGGGCUCCUAGAACGCUCAAAAAAGUUUGGGAGACCUCCGAGUAAACGUACUUGUGUGGUGCUUUUUAAAUCUGGAUGUGAAUUUCUAAUCUGUUUCAAAGAUUCUUUUUUUUUUAAAGUUUUAUAAGGGUCGCAUGACUUGAAAUACAGGAAACGGCUCUUCGCCUCAAGACCUUUAUUAAAUUUUUGCAUUGUCCUUCAAAAACUCCAAAACUCGAGUUUUUGAGUCUAAGACAGAACCGCCACAAAUCUACGAACGUGAGAGAUCACUGGUCAAAAAGAGAUUCUAGAGAGAAAAAGUUGGGUAUGAUCCUUUAAAAACUCAAGAAAAAGUCUAAGUCUGAUCCUUCAACCCACGAAUCUACGAAAGUGAGAGACACUGGAGAAAAAAAAGAGCGCUUAAAGAUAGAAAGAAAAGCAGAAGCUCUCAUUUUUGAACGCUCUCUAGCAUCCAAAGAUUCGUGGCUUGAAUGUUAGGACGUCGAAAUUUUUGACCGAAAGUUUCACAGACUACAUCGAGGUUCAUGGCGCCAUCUCUUACGACCUUCUGAGUCUGGCGACGUCGGGAUUCGACAUUACGUCAGAAGACGACAAAGAUUCGACCUUCAGCAAGAAUGCUCUGUGCAGGGCGAACUGUUUCUGUCCCGUCAACUACAAUUCAAUCGAUAGCAAUGGUGAUGGGACUCCGAAAAGCGGUGGGGUUUUCUCGGAUUUACAGUUGGAACGGCUUAACGGGUCUGAGUCUACAAAACAGCCGCACUUGGAAUGGCUAAGCCUGUUAGGAAAAACAGCAUCCGCUAUAAAGGCAAAAUUCAAGGGAUCCCUAUAAAGGUUCAGGGUCUUGACCAGAAGCACUCAAAGCUAUAGUGGUCCCUAGAGUGGUCUUUGAACUUUUUUAUACAAAUUAUAAAGUUAAAACGACGCCUUUAAUUUAACUUGAUCGAUUAUUUGAAAUGCUCUUCAACAAUAAUCGACUGGUAUAUCCUUUUUAUGGGCCACUAAUCAACACACCUGAAGGGAUCACUAUUGCAAGAUCUGAUAGCUCCUAAAGUUGCCCCUCUAGUGACCACUCUGUAGUUCAUAAGCACUUUUGAUUCAACAGGUUGCUCUACUGUUUCUAAUAGCUUCUAGGACAAGUCUGACGCUUUUUAAAAGACCGCGACGAAACCGCGACGCUGUGAAAAGUUCUCAUGACAUUUUUUCCCUUCCAGGCUGUUACUACGCCGUUGAAACGACGAACAGUUUUGCUCUGGCCAAAAAUCGGUGCAAAAGCUACAACAACGGCUACAUUGCAGUGGACGAGAGUCCAGAGAAACUGAGAUAUCUCAAAAAUCGUAAUUUAAAUCUUGAGAUCCAAGAAAUGGAGAAUAUUUUCAGAGUUCUCUAUUCCAACCAACUUCUGGAUUGGACUACAGUAUGAUUCGACGCAUAACGCAUGGGUGUCGACGGAUAAUGCCACGGUAAAACGAGAGAUUAUACAUAUACUCGAUUCGGGAUGAAUAUGGACAGUCUGACCUGUCUGCGCCCUCUUCUCUCUCCCAUAGGAACAUGAGGAAUCCUUCUUUGAUUCCGUCAACCAAAAAGUCAUUGUGAAAAACUUUUUUGAUGUCAUGACGUCAUUCUUUCGUCAAUAAUACUAUGACGUCAUUCUUCUGUUAAUAAUAUUAUGACGUCAUUUUUUUCCAUAACAUAUUUUAACCGAAAUCUUCUUCACUCAACUGAAAAUUUUGGUUGGGUCUCUUCAAUCUUAAUGCCAAGAAAAAUGACGUCAUUUGAAAAGGCUCUGUGGAGGGCUCGCUUUUUGUUUUAUCGCGCCAUUAGGGGGCGGAGCUUGAGACGACGUCAUAGGUCUGUUGAAGUAGUCAUCUGAACAUUAUACUUCAACAGAACUAUGACGUCAUACUUCCUGAACUCAGAUGAAGUCAAGCCUCAAAGCAAGAAAAAAAAGUGUGACAAAAAAGUGGAAAAAAGUCCAAGAAAAAUCUUGAAAGAGGCGUUAAAUAAAAUGCAUUGACCGCAGCAAAACAGCCCUUUUUCAGCUGACCACCUCCGACUACCAAGGCUGGGGUCCAGGAGAACCGAAAUACAAAUCGUGCGCUUUCUCGCCGGCCGUCGCCGCCACAAUCGACCCUUACUGGGCCGCAGCGACGGAUUGUCGAAAUAGUCUGAAAUAUGUUUGUGAGGCGGCUCCUUGUGACUCGACUUUGUACUGUGAAGAUGUGAAAAUAUAA